AACCCACACACAGCGCCAAUUUCCCUUUUCAUUUUAAUUUUCAAAAAUUAAUUCAAUAAUUUCGAAUGGCGGACGAAAACCAAACAGCAGCAACAGUGGAUCCUUCGGUCGACGCGACAAUCGAUUCGACAGGCUUCGGCGGCACGGCGUCUUCAUGCAACAACAAUAAUGUGGCGGAAACAUCCUCCGGCGUGACGUCAGAGACUGAAAAAUCACUUGCGUAUGCUGACGAGCUUAUGGAGAAAGGAUCUAAAGCUAGUAAACUGGAUGAUUUCUCUGAAGCCACUGAUUGCUUUAGCCGUGCCUUAGAAAUCAGGGUUGCACAUUAUGGGGAGCUUGCGCCGGAAUGUGUGAGAACAUAUUAUAAGUAUGGAUGCGCACUUCUGUACAAGGCUCAAGAAGAGUCUGACCCGCUAGUUUCAGGUGCCGUGUCUAAGAAAGAGGCCAGUGCUGAACCCGAUUCUGAAAAAGCUGCGAAGGAUGCAGAAGAUGAAGAAGCAUCUGUUUCAAGUAAAACUAAAGAAGGGACUUCAAGUCUUAAAGCAGUGGCAGAAGAUGGUGGUGAUGAGGAAGAUCAAGAUGACGAUGACGAAGGAAGUGAUGCUGAGGAGGAUGAAUCUGAUCUGGAUUUAGCAUGGAAAAUGCUUGAUGUUGCAAGGGCGAUUUCUGAAAGACAACCAGGCGACACAAUGGAGAAAGUAGACAUUCUUUCAGCUUUGGCUGAGGUAGCUUUGGAGAGAGAGGAUGUUGAAACUUCCCUAAGCGAUUAUCUGAAAGCAUUAUCCAUGUUGGAACGCUUGGCUGAACCUGACAGCCGUCAUAUAGCAGAACUAAAUUUCAGGAUCUGUUUAUGUUUGGAAAUUGGUUCAAAGGGUGAUGAAGCAAUCCCAUAUUGCCAAAAGGCUAUUUCAGUUUGCAAGUCUCGUUUGCAGCGACUUAAAAGUGAAGUAGAGAGUUCCUCUGCUUCUAAGGUUCCUUCCAAUUCUGAACCAGCAGGACUUCUUGGACGCCAAUCUUCCAGUGCUUCGCAAACUACGGAUUCUGUUGCUGAGAAAGAAAAAGAAAUUGAGAUUCUUACGGGCCUUUCUGGUGAACUUGAAAAGAAGCUUGAAGAUCUGCAGCAGAUUGUGUCGAACCCGACAUCAAUACUGUCUGAUAUAUUGGGAAUGAUGGCUGCUAAGGGGAAAAGUGGACAAACUUCUGGCAGUGGUAGCAGUGGAAUGACAUCUUCACGAAUUGGUGCAGCUAACAGCUCUGGAUUUGAGUCUCCUACGGUUUCAACGGCUCACACUAACAGUGAUUCUGGAGUUACUCAUCUUGGGGUCGUGGGAAGGGGGGUCAAACGAGUGAAUAUGAGUUCAGUUGCAGUAGAGUCUACAGCAGCUAAAAAGCCUGCACUUGAUCCGUCUGCAGAUAAUGGUGGCAGUGCUUGAACUGUUUGGCUUAUAGGGUUAGCUACUUUAUGCAUUUGUUGUCUCCGACUCUCGUAUGAUUCUUUAAAGUUAGUUGGCGGUUGGUAUUGACAUAUCCAUUUCUUUGUGGUUGGUAAAGACAUCGAGCAUUUGUCUAUUUUUGCUCAUCUAAUCUGAAGUAAGUGCAGUAUCUGAUUAUUACACAA